AUGAAACUACUUAUACUCCUCCUCUUUGCUGCUACAGCGGCUCAUGCAUGGGAAGAGAUUUUCCAUCCACCAUUUCUGAAGGGUCUCAGACGGACUGCUCGAGACGAGUACUAUAAAAUCCUUUUCAACCAUUCAUUGACAAUGGCUCAGCAGGAGAAGCGGAUCAUUGCCUGGGCAAAGAAACAUCACGUUGAGAGACAAGCACUCGCUUUCUUCACUAAGAAGGCGCAGCACAUGGAAGAAAUGACGCGGAAAUUCACGAUGCUGAUCAAUGAAUUGCCAAAAGCUGUCGCACAUCUGACCAAAAUAAUAGGGAACAAAAAACAGACGUUCCUAGAAAUGAUGAAGACCAUACACGAGUUGAAGGCCAAAAAUCCAGUGUGGAUGGCCAAUGGGAGAGGAGAAAAUGACGGCCAUUUUCCCGGUGGAUGGCCUAGGAGAGGACAAAACGGUGGACCUUCCGGUGGAUGGCCGAUGGGAGGAGGAGACCAAAGAGGUUCAUUUGGCCCAUGGCAGAAGAGGCGCUUUGGUGGAUUCCAUCCAAAUGGCCCGGAAGAAUUCGGACCAGGUCGAAGAUUCUGA